AUGUCGAACUUUGAGCCAUUGAACACGCAGCCAGAUUGGCGGGAGCAGUAUGCGGCAUUCCCGCUUUCUGGGGAUAAUGGUCUACUUCAGCCAACCUUCGAGCAAAAUACAAGCUCGAAUGUUUCUGAUAAUACCCAAGAUCAGCAACAAAGUGGUGGUCGACCAACUCUGGAACAUCGACAUAGUUUAGGACCAUUGAGGCAAGAAGCACAACCAUCCCCAAACAUCGAACGUCCAGACUCUGCGCCAGGAGACAUUAGCCACCCAACCAACGUUCCUGCUCGAGAUGAUACUAUUGUGUCUCCAGAAUCGACCGCACUGUCUCUCGGGUCUCUUGCUUCCAAUCCACUAAGUUCUGCAUCUAGUGCGCCCACACAACAAGGAACUUUGGCAAAUACUGAAGGAGGUGGCGCUGAGGGGGAGAUCAAGGAGGAGGACGACGAACUCGAAGAUGACGAUGAAAUGGUUGACGCAGAGCCGGAAGAAGGCGCCCCACCACAGACCGCCGCUGAGCGUCGUGCAGAACGCAGAAAGAUGAAGCGCUUUCGUUUGACGCAUCAACAGACUCGAUUCUUGAUGAGUGAAUUCGCGAAGCAGGCGCAUCCAGAUGCUGCUCACAGAGAGCGAUUGUCGCGAGAAAUCCCAGGACUGAGUCCUAGACAAGUCCAGGUCUGGUUUCAGAACCGGCGAGCAAAAAUAAAGCGAUUGACAGCAGACGAUCGAGAGCGAAUGAUGAAGAUGAGGGCAGUACCGGACGACUUCGACAAUGUACAAGCCUUGCACUCUCCCUAUGGAGCUGUUCAUGGGGUUGGGACGCCGAUGCAAUCACCAGUCGAUUUUGUGCCCGCAUACGCAGACCAUAUGAUGCGCCCAUUGAUGGUUGAUACCAUGAGGAGAAACGACAACGAUGACCACAUGUCUCCUACAGGACUAAGUCCAGCUUUUGGUCAUGUUGGGUUCGCUCCUGGUGGCUCUAUGGGCACUCCAGAUGUACUCUCUCCAUUGUCGCUAAAUUCGUCUGAUCGCUACUAUUCGAGCCACCUCUCGAGUCCUAUGAGCGCUGGACCGCGAAGCUCGAAUCCGUUUGAUCGCCAGAAUAGCUAUCAGACUCUGUCCCACUCGAGACAACAUGUCAGACCUCUGCAACCUCUACAGCUUCGAGAGACGAUGUCGAGAUCAAGAUCUGAGUCGUUGAAUUCCCCUUUGCGAUCCAGCAUGUCCUGGAAAGGGGAAACAAUAGACUACACCAGCUACCAAACGGGCCAGCCUAGUCCUCAAUUGAGUGGUCGACAGCAAUCAGUGUAUCAGCCGGACCAAAUUAGCAACACCACCGUCAAUGCGCACCAAUAUGACGCGAAUGCAUCUUCAUAUACAAACAUACAAAGCUCACCAUCUCACAUGACGUAUCCGGGUGCGCAUGGCAAUUCAUCGCUGCAACAGUCGUCCCCGUCGGCGAUGUCACGGCUGAGAGCCUCAUCGUCGGCUUUUCCCCCAGGACUCGACCUCCGUGCCCAGUACCGAACGCUCCCAAACCAGAAUAAUUCCCCGCACGGUACGACACCAAGGAGUAGCUCAUUCGCGCACGCCUUCACCGGUGGAUAUGCGAGCGCCCCUCUAACUGCUCCAGUCGAUUUCUCACUACCAAGGACGCCGAUCGACGGGAGCCACAGCGGACGGGAUUUUAGCAUCCCGCAGCUUAGCGCGCCAAUGGCUCCACCUCAGGACUUCUCCAAUGCCUAUAAUUCGAGCCUCAGCCCAGUUAGAGCUUCUCAGAAUGAUCGGGACUUCAGUUCUCAAGUUCAAGGCAAUCAGAAUAACGGGGAUCAAAGCAGUUCAGGUCAAGGACAAGUCCAAGGCUCGAUGCAAGUUGGCGACAACCAGAACUUGAAUGUCAGGAACAACGAAGACAACUCAUAUUUGCGGCCAGUGGAGUACGAGACGGGACAAAAGCGCAAGCGGAGUUUUACUUUGACUGGCGGCUUUGAAAGUCCAUAG